GCCCCACCAGGGAGGCUAUACAUUUUUUGUCCCCCCUAUCUCUCCUCAACAUCAAGCUCUAUAUAAGCCAAACAACAUUCACAUGUCUUUGUUUCUUUGUGAGAAAAGAUAAUUACUUUUCCAUUGGUUGCUUACAGUUGGAACUUGGAUCUCCACCACAACAUAGAGCAAGAGCUCAUCUUCAACUCCAGCAACCCAUUUAGAAGAUUUAGUCAGUUUCUCUCAUAUUUUUGUUGUUUGAUGCCAUGACUCCUAUAAUCCUCUUCUUUCUUUCAUCUUUGUUUAUGAAUUCACUGUCUUUGGAAACUAAGCCAGCUAACAUCAACUCCAGAAUCACUGUAAUGGGUUUUGUUUAUUGUGAUAUUUGCUCCAACAACAGUUUCUCCAAACACAGUUAUUUCUUGCCAGGUGCUGAAGUCAAAAUAGAUUGCAAAUUCAGGGCAAUUUCUUCAAAGACCAGGGAGCAGAUAUCCUUCUCAGUGAACAGAACCACAAACAAGCAUGGAGUUUACAAGUUGGAAAUACCUUCUGUUGACGGGAUCCAAUGUGCAGAAGCAGCUAUUGCAUCUUCUUGUCAGGCAAGCUUGAUGUGGAGUUCAUCUGCCAAAUGCAAUGUCCCUGGUUACAGAACCACAUCAGAUGAGAUAGUAAUCAAGUCAAAACAAGCCAAUCUCUGCAUUUAUAGCCUAACUGCACUCAAUUUCAGACCAUCAAAGAUUAAUAUCAACUUGUGUAGAAAUUGAAAGAUGAUUGUCUAAAUUCCUCGUAUAAAAUGGGUUCGUUUCUUUUCUA